AUGGGUCUUGAAGAUACGUCAAAGAUCGAAGCAGGUAAUCUCUUCAAAGUCAAUGGUCUUGUUGCUGUGAUCACGGGUGGUGGCUCUGGACUUGGUCGAAUGAUGGCGAGAGCCCUCGCUGCUAAUGGUGCCUCCAAAGUUUUUGUCAUUGGCCGCCGAGAAGGUCCGUUGAACGAGGCUGCCAGCUCUGUACCUGGAGGGACUAUCGUCCCCAUCGUUGGCGAUGUUACGUCUAAAGAUUCGUUGCAGGUCUGCGUAGAUCAAGUCAAGCAAUAUGUCGACGCAGUGGAUGUGCUGAUUGCCAACUCGGGAGUAUCGGGCCCGUCAGUUCCAGUCCUAGACGAGAACCAGGAAAGCAUUCCUCUCUUGCAGUUGGCCAAAAAUAUGUGGAACCCCAGUCCUGAGGCGAUUAACUCAACCUAUGCUGUCAACAUCACGGGCGUCCACUUCACUGUGGCAGCAUUCUUACCAUUGCUACACGAAGCAAAUCUGAAAAGACCUCAACCGCCGAGCCUGGAGAAUUUCAAGCCUCGACCCCAGAUCAUCACCGUUGGAUCUGUUGGAGCAUUCAGACGCAAUCCCCUAGCCAACCUGUCGUACGGUCCCAGCAAGGCUGGCGUGACUCACCUCACCAAGUCACUCGCCACGACCCUGGUACCAUAUGAUAUUAGAGCCAAUGUGAUUUGUCCAGGCUUCUACUACAGCGAAAUGACGCAUGACAUGUUCAAAGGUUACUAG